AUGGUUAGUGAAGCGGAGUUUUUGGCGUCUUACCCACAGAAGUGUCCGGCUGGUUCUCUUCCAGGCACUCCCGGCAACACUGACGAGGCCCAGGAAGGUGCUUUGAAGCAAUUGCGCAGCGAGUUGGAAGCCGCUGGCUUCAAGGAGAGGCUAGACGACUCCACGUUGCUGCGUUUCCUGCGUGCGCGUAAGUUCGAUGUCGCUUUGGCGAAGGAGAUGUUCGAGAACUGCGAGAAAUGGCGCAAAGAGUACGGUACCAACACCAUCAUGCAGGACUUCCACUACGACGAGAAGCCUCUGGUUGCGAAGUACUACCCGCAAUACUACCACAAGACCGACAAGGACGGCCGCCCAGUGUACUUCGAGGAGCUGGGUGCUGUGAACUUGACCGAGAUGGAGAAGAUCACCACCCAGGAACGUAUGUUGAAGAACUUGGUGUGGGAGUACGAGUCCGUGGUCAACUACAGACUGCCUGCUUGCUCCAGGGCCGCUGGCUACUUGGUCGAGACGUCUUGCACAGUCAUGGACUUGAAAGGUAUCUCCAUCUCCAGCGCAUACAGCGUCUUGAGCUACGUCAGAGAGGCCUCAUACAUCAGUCAGAACUACUACCCAGAACGUAUGGGUAAGUUCUACUUGAUUAACGCCCCAUUCGGUUUCUCCACCGCGUUCAGACUGUUCAAGCCUUUCCUAGACCCAGUCACCGUCUCAAAGAUCUUCAUCUUGGGCUCCUCUUACCAAAGCGAACUGCUGAAACAGAUCCCAGCAGAAAACUUGCCAUCCAAGUUCGGUGGUAAAUCAGAAGUAGACGAAGCCGCUGGUGGCCUGUACUUGUCCGACAUCGGCCCAUGGAGAGACGCCAAGUACAUCGGCCCUGAAGGUGAAGCCCCAGAGAUGUUUUCCAUGAAAUAA